AUUCAUUGCCGUUGCUCGCGGUCCUUCGGAGCACUGAUUCGAAGUAGUUACGAGCAGUUACGAGCGUGAGUGGUAUAUACGACGAAAAUGGCGAUGGCUACGAAUCAAGUCAAGGGCAGCGGGUGGCCGCGAAGAGCAAGCAACAGUUCAUUCGAGGGGAAAGUAGUGCAAAAUCAAUCAGUCACCAUCAACAGGACUGUUAAUUUAUAUCCUUUGACAAACUAUACAUUUGGAACAAAAGAGCCACUCUUCGAGAAAGAUCCAUCAGUACCAGCAAGGUUUCAGCGCAUGAGAGAUGAAUUCGAUAAAAUUGGCAUGCGGAGAAGCGUAGAAGGCGUCUUACUGGUACAUGAGCAUGGAUUGCCACAUGUUCUCCUUCUGCAACUCGGCACAACAUUCUUCAAAUUACCUGGCGGAGAACUCAAUACAGGAGAAGAUGAGGUAGAGGGCCUAAAACGGCUCCUUACAGAGACUUUUGGACGACAGGAUGGGGUGAAGCAAGAAUGGGUCAUAGAAGAUACAAUUGGCAAUUGGUGGCGACCAAACUUUGAACCACCUCAGUAUCCAUAUGUACCGCCACACAUCACGAAACCGAAAGAACACAAAAGACUGUUUCUCGUACAGCUGCAAGAAAAAGCUCUAUUUGCUGUACCGAAGAAUUACAAAUUAGUUGCCGCACCAUUAUUUGAAUUGUACGAUAAUUCACAAGGUUACGGUCCCAUAAUUUCAUCUUUGCCUCAGUCAUUGUGCAGGUUUAACUUCAUUUAUAUGUAAAAUUAAAAUUACGAAAACAAAAAAUUGAUACACUUUUUUUAAUUUAAUAUAAAUAAAAUUUAUUAAAAACAUAAUAGAUGUAUGUAUGAGAUGAUGGAUGACACUUGGAAAAUUUCUGAUGUUAUGUAUAUUAUGCAUUGUGCAUUAAAUCAUUUUUUAAGUAGAAUUUAUCUGGUUCAUCUAUAAUCUCAUUCCAACCUUUGUAUUAAAGUAAGCUUUUAUAUUUUAUUUCUAUAUUUGUGUGUGUGUUUAUAUAUAAUAAUAGUCAAUAGCAAAAGACAUAAUUUGCAAUUUAUUUGACUUAUUUUGGAAAUGUAUGUAUAUUUUUGUUAGUUUAGUUCUAGAUAUGUAACUGAAUUAUAUUAAUUUUUUUCUUACAAAGUUAAAGUAAUUGAUACUAUGUUGUAUUAAUAAUUGAUUCAUUAAAAUGAAAUAUGCAGACUAGAUAAAAAUUAAGGGACCAUACAAU